AUGGCCACGGCCGAAGCUGCAUCGAGACCCCAUGACCGACACCCGCGCAAACGACCCUUUGCCGGUUGGAUGAAGCGUCUUGCCAAUCUCAAGCCCUCAUCGUCCGACGCCCCAGGCAAGAAGGGCAACACCGUUAAGAAAGGCGCCGCGAAGAACAACCCCUAUCCCGAGUCUGGCUACAUCAACACCAAUGUAGCCCCGGCCGAUAACUCCUCCGUAUCCACUCCCGCCACACAGCGAUCGCAUGACAGCUACACGUCCAUCGAGGAGCCCGCAGCCGGACAGCGGCAAGGUGUAGAGAAGAGCAACAAAUCCACAGCACCUACCGUAGCCACAGUCCCUGAAACCGUGCACUCCACAAGAUCAAAGGCAGAGACAGGCGGCAGCAACUUUGUCAACGGCGGCAGCACCUUCUCGUCGCCAAAUGGCUCAGAACACUCCCUCACCACGACUCUGACGACGAUACAAUCAACCGCGCCCUCAAAUGUCCUCAACUUUGGCCAGACGCAGAACCAGAAUAAUGCGACAAGCUCAAGCGCCACGCCCGUCCACUUCUCGCAUCAGUUCCCCGCAUCCCCGCCGCCGUCAGCUAUACCGCCGCAUCUGGCGCCCCAGCAGCAGCCCAACUCAUAUCAGGGCGCUACCGCGAACAACAUCCUGACCGACAACGCGUCUAUCCUCACCCUCGCCUCAUCCUCGAAGCGUCGCCGUCGCAACUCCGUAGAUACCAAUGCUUCGAUGCGAGCACUAGCCCCCUCAUCGCAUUACGGAGGCAGUCGCGAGUCGCUGCCGCUCAGCGUACUCUCAGCCAACCCAGACACCAUAUAUUCGCCUUCCAACAGGCCAAGCAAUGUCGGUGCUUUUGUAAAUGCCGAGCGCGCGAGCGUCUACUCAGCGUCUGGUGUCACUGCGCCGGUACUACCCAGCGAGCGCAACAGCUACUAUGCGACCAAACAAGCCGACGGACUCAGUGUGCGCAGUGGGCUCCUUGGCCACGGCCGCACUGAUAGUAUCAGCAGCAUGCGCGCCACGCCUACUAGCCCACUCGCUAGCCCACGCGACCCCAUGGGUCCCGCCAGAAUCAGCCGAAAGAGCUCAGAGUGGAAAGACGCGAGGGAAGCAAGUGAUGAGGAUGAGGCGCCUACGAGCCCCAUUGUUGAAGAGCGUGAGGAUAAGCCGGCGCCAAAUGCGCAGACCUAG